AUGAAGUUCCUACUUGGAGCGGCCUGGACCGUUUUGGCCUCCUCCGCCCUGGUCUCAGCCCAGACAUACACGGAUUGUAACCCGCUCAAAACGACGUGUCCUGCAGACCCUGCUCUAGGCAAAGCAGACCAAUCUUUCGAUUUCACCUCGGGCGCCUCGUCGGAGUUUACGGCAUCAGGAACGGUCACCUACGAUAGCACCAAUGGCGCGACAUUCACCAUUUCCAAGCAAGGCGAUGGGCCUUUAAUCCAGUCAAACUGGUACAUCAUGUUUGGCCGGGUGGAAUACACGAUCAAGGCUGCGCGAGGAACGGGAAUCGUGAGCAGCGCCGUGUUGCAAUCGGACGAUUUGGACGAAAUCGAUUGGGAAUGGCUGGGCGGCAAUAAUGCCCAGGUCCAGACCAACUAUUUCGGCAAGGGAGAUACCAGCACCUAUGACCGUGGCGCCUAUCAUGACAACACUGGGAACCAUGACAAUUUCCACACCUACUCCGUGGAUUGGACCAGCAGCCAAGUUGUCUGGGCGAUUGAUGGCACAACAGUUCGCGUGCUCACCCCUUCAACCGCAGACACUAACCAGUACCCCCAAACUCCCAUGAUGAUUAAGGUCGGAGUCUGGGCUGGCGGUGAUCCAAGUAACGCUCAGGGUGUGAUUGACUGGGCUGGCGGCGAGACCGAUUACAGUGACGGCCCGUUUCACAUGUACCUGAAGUCAAUGACUGUGACCGACUACUCGACUGGCACCUCGUACAGCUACGGGGACCAGUCCGGCACGUGGGAGUCCAUCACUGCCGAUGGAGGUAAGGUCAAUGGCAACAGUGCCGAUGAACCAACCUCAACUGAAUCAGCCCCCGCCAUUACGUCUACCGUGGAUAGUGUUCCCAUCCCCUGGAGUGGAACCCAUAAGGAGACUUCCAGUUUCGUCGCCCCCGAUAUCUGGCCGUUUGUUUCUACAGGCUCGCCCACAUCAUCCAGUAGUCUGUACACUAAUUACGACUCUGGAUCUAGCUGGGUUCAGCCACCCGGCGGGGGUUCAGUGAGUGAGCUCUCCCCAACACCCUUCAACACACCCCUGGGAUGCACAACUAAGACAGGCCCUUUGCCCUCGCAGUCUAUCUCCCGCUUUACAUCAGCGUCCUCGGUUUCUUCGUCGGCUGUCUCUUCCCUCUCUGGCACUGAAGGCACUUUCCGAAACGUGACCCGACACGCAACUAUAACCUCCACAUCGAAGACCAAGACCAGAACGAGAACCACGGCGACCGAAACCGACGAAUUUACCACUGGUAGUCAGCCUACUCCAACGGGUGAUGCUCCUUCUGAUAUCGCUCCUUCA